UUGGGACAAAGUUCUGUAAUCAUAGCUCAUGGAUUUAUUUUCUCCACAUUGUAAAGCCUGGACUGUGAAGAUGCCAUCAUGCCAUCCAGGGCAGCAUGAACCAGGUUCUUGGGGCUGCUGAGGAUUUCUUUGCCUUUCCCUCCUUUUUGAAGAUGUGUAUCAGAAAAAGGCUUUGCCUUUAGACAGAAAUUUUACUGCUUUGGCCAAUAAUGUGUAGCAAUAUUAAAUUUAAUGGCAGACCUUGAAGUGUAUAAAAACUUAAGUCCAGAAAAAGUUGAAAGAUGCAUGAGUGUGAUGCAGUCCGGGACGCAGAUGAUCAAACUGAAGCGUGGCACCAAAGGACUCGUUCGUCUCUUUUACCUGGAUGAGCACCGGUCUCGCCUCCGAUGGCGACCAUCUAGGAAGAGCGAGAAGGCAAAAAUACUUAUUGAUUCCAUCUACAAAGUCACUGAAGGGCGGCAGUCUGAAAUAUUCCACAGACAGGCUGAGGGGAACUUUGAUCCCAGCUGUUGCUUCACCAUCUACCAUGGCAACCACAUGGAGUCCCUGGAUCUCAUCACUUCCAACCCUGAAGAGGCACGCACCUGGAUCACGGGCCUCAAAUACCUGAUGGCUGGCAUCAGCGAUGAAGAUUCCCUUGCCAAGAGGCAGAGGACCCAUGACCAAUGGGUGAAGCAGACCUUCGAGGAGGCUGAUAAGAACGGAGAUGGCUUACUGAAUAUUGAAGAGAUACACCAGCUGAUGCACAAACUAAAUGUCAAUCUGCCUCGAAGAAAAGUCAGGCAGAUGUUUCAGGAAGCUGACACUGAUGAGAAUCAGGGAACCUUGACAUUUGAAGAGUUCUGUGUUUUUUACAAAAUGAUGUCAUUGAGACGAGACCUUUAUUUGUUGCUCUUGAGCUACAGUGACAAGAAAGAUCAUCUGACUGUGGAGGAACUGGCUCAGUUUUUGAAGGUGGAGCAAAAGAUGAGUAAUGUGACAACGGACCAUUGUCUUGACAUCAUAAAGAAGUUUGAAGUUUCAGCAGAAAAUAAAGAGAAAAAUAUCCUUGGAAUAGAAGGCUUCACCAACUUUAUGCGUAGUCCUGCUUGUGACAUAUUUAACCCGUUGCACCACGAAGUAUACCAAGACAUGGAUCAACCCCUCUGCAACUACUACAUUGCGUCUUCUCACAACACAUACCUGACUGGGGACCAGCUCCUUUCUCAGUCCAAAGUGGAUAUGUAUGCACGGGUGCUACAAGAGGGCUGUCGCUGUGUGGAAGUUGACUGCUGGGAUGGUCCAGAUGGAGAGCCAGUGGUGCACCAUGGUUAUACUCUCACUUCAAAAAUCCUCUUCAGAGAUGUUGUGGAGACCAUCAAUAGGCAUGCCUUUGUGAAGAAUGAAUUUCCAGUUAUACUGUCUAUUGAGAAUCACUGCAGUAUCCAGCAGCAAAGGAAGAUUGCUCAGUACCUGAAAGGAAUAUUCAAAGAUAAACUGGACCUCUCCUCUGUCGACACAGGAGAGUGCAGGCAGCUCCCAAGUCCUCAGAGUCUGAAAGGCAAAAUCCUGGUGAAGGGUAAAAAAUUGCCUUAUCACCUUGGAGAUGACGCAGAGGAAGGGGAAGUCUCCGAUGAGGACAGUGCAGAUGAGAUUGAAGAUGAGUGCAAAUUCAAGCUGCAUUACAACAACGGGACCACUGAGCACCAGGUAGAAUCUUUCAUAAGGAAAAAACUGGAGUCACUGUUAAAAGAGUCUCAAAUUCGAGACAAAGAAGACCCUGACAGUUUCACAGUGAGGGCCCUGCUGAAGGCCACUCAUGAAGGCUUAAAUGCUCACCUGAAGCAGAAUCCAGAUGUGAAGGAAAGUGGAAAGAAGUCCCACGGAAGAUCCCUGAUGACCAACUUUGGAAAACACAAGAAAACCACAAAGUCACGUUCUAAAUCCUACAGUACUGAUGAUGAGGAGGACACACUGCAGAAUCCUGGCAAGGAGGGAGGCCAGCUGCACAGCAAUUUUAUUGGAUGUCUGCAGUCACCAUUAAGGCUGGGCCGGCGGCGGAAAACCAUGAAACUCUGCAGAGAGCUCUCUGACCUGGUGGUGUACACAAACUCUGUGGCAGCCCAGGAUAUUGUGGAUGAUGGAACCACAGGGAAUGUGUUGUCCUUCAGUGAAACAAGAGCACAUCAGGUGGUUCAACAGAAGUCAGAGCAAUUCAUGAUUUAUAACCAAAAACAGCUCACGAGGAUUUACCCCUCUGCCUACCGCAUUGACUCCAGUAACUUCAACCCUCUGCCCUAUUGGAACGCAGGUUGCCAGCUAGUGGCACUGAACUACCAGUCUGAAGGGCGGAUGAUGCAGUUAAAUCGAGCAAAAUUCAAGACAAAUGGUAACUGUGGCUAUGUUCUCAAGCCCCAGCAAAUGUGCAAAGGUACUUUCAACCCUUUCUCUGGUGACCCACUUCCUGCCAACCCCAAAAAGCAGCUCAUACUGAAGGUGAUCAGCGGACAGCAGCUUCCUAAACCUCCCGACUCUAUGUUUGGAGACCGAGGCGAGAUCAUUGAUCCUUUCGUUGAAGUUGAAAUUAUUGGCCUUCCAGUAGAUUGCUGCAAAGAUCAAACUCGUGUGGUGGAUGACAAUGGAUUUAACCCUGUUUGGGAAGAAACCCUAACAUUUACAGUCCACAUGCCAGAAAUAGCUUUAGUUCGGUUCCUUGUGUGGGAUCAUGAUCCCAUCGGACGGGACUUCGUGGGACAAAGGACUGUGACCUUCAGCAGCCUAGUGCCUGGCUAUCGGCACGUCUACUUGGAAGGACUCACAGAGGCGUCUAUUUUUGUUCACAUAACAAUCAAUGAAAUCUUUGGAAAGUGGAGCCCUUUAAUCCUCAACCCCAGUUAUACCAUAUUGCACUUUCUAGGAGCUACAAAGAACAGACAGCUCCAAGGUCUGAAGGGACUGUUCAAUAAGAAUCCCAGGCACACUUCUUCAGAAAACAACUCCCAUUAUAUUCGGAAGCGAUCAAUUGGAGAUAGAAUCCUGCGACGGACAGCCAGUGCUCCGGCCAAAGGCAGGAAAAAGAGCAAAAUGGGUUUCCAAGAAAUGGUUGAGAUAAAAGAUUCUGUCUCUGAAGCCACAAGAGAUCAAGACGGAGUCCUGAGGAGGACCACUCGGAGUCUUCAAGUGCGCCCUGUCUCUAUGCCUGUUGACAAAAGUCUUCUGGGGGCUUUGUCACUGCCUAUAUCAGAAGCAGCAAAAGGUACCGAAGGCAAAGAACACUCUCUAGAGGAGAAGGAUGGCAGAAGAAACGGGAAGGCAAGUAUAAACGACCCACAUUUUCUAAAUUUCAGCAAAAAGUUCUCCUCCUCCUCCAGUGCUCUCCUCCACAAAGAUGCAAACCAAAAGGAGUGCAGUGUUUCAACUGCUGGGGGGUCAGUCACAGAACAGUGUGGAGGGCCAGCUCUGAAGGGUGGGAGGACCAAACCAAAUGUCUCAAGUGAUGGCCAGGAAAACCAUUGUCCCAGCAAAUUCCUCUCCCCGAGGAAGCACUGGGCUCUUGAUCCUGCACAAGAUCUGCGAGGAGUCACUACCAAGGAAAUGGGGCGUGCCGGGGGCUUUGUGGUAGGGAAAAACAUGUCCGAAAGCGUCCUUUCUCAAAGCGCUGUGGAGAUCAAGAACCUGGAAGGCAGCAGGGCCAAGGGCAGUGCUGCAACAUCCUUUUCUCUGUCGGAUGUCUCCAUGCUCUGUUCUGACCUCCCUGACCUACAUUCAACUGCCAUUCUGCAGGACACUGAAAUUUCCCAUCUCAUUGACAAUGUCACUUUAACAAAUGAGAAUGAGCCCGGCAGUUCCAUCUCAGCACUGAUUGGCCUGUUUGAAGAGACCAACCAUCAGGCUAAUCUUGUGGAGGUUUCUCAUCUUCAUAGCACCAGUAUGAUAUCCGGCCAUGCUCCUUUAACUCCUGCCCCAGGCCUACAAACACCCUUCAAGCAUGGUUUUUCCCAGGGGAAACCUAAGGCAUCCAUCUUGUGCUCAUCUCCUGAGCUAAUCAAGCCUUCGAGUUCUGAGACUACCAAACCUUUGAAUUACUCAGUUGUUUGUGGAAUGAUGGGCUCACCCAUCUCUCAAAUGAAACCAGAUGAUGACCCUUCUAGAAAUGCCAAGGCAAGGCCCAUGGACAACAACCUGCCUAGGUCCCCUAAUGCUUCUCAUGGCUGGUUCCCCAAAAGUCCCACCCCUGGAGAGGCCCAGGGACAAUUGAUGAACAGCCCUACUGUUUACACUGGGCUGGUACUAGCUGAGCCCACUCCCUGUGUAAAUUCUGAAGAAAGCAGCCUUGUGGAAAUUGAUGGAGAGUCUGAAAACCUGUCUCAAACAAUCUGUGAAUAUAAGGGAGAGGGCACAAGUCAGCUUGCUUCCCCAUUAAAGCUGAAAUACAACCAGGAGAUGAUGGAACACAUUCAGAGGAGCUUGAGGAAUGGCUACUGUAAAGAGACCCUCUGUCCUGCCCCUGAAAUGUUCAAUAAUGUUCCCAGUGUCAAAAAUCAAAGUAUCUCUUGUCUAACCUAUCAGGGUGCUGGCGUUGUGCAUAAUCUAUUGCCAAGUCCAGAUGCAAAAACGAACCAAAUAUGUGGACCCCAACAGUCUAGCACUCCAGAUAUGCAUGCCCCCAUGCCCAUACAGUCAGCACAUGCUCCUUUGCCUGCUUUGAAACUGCCAAGUCCUUGCAAAUCAAAAAGUCUGGGGGACUUAACAUCAGAGGACAUUGCCUGCAAUUUUGAGAGUAAGUACCAAUGUAUUAGUAAGAGUUUUGUGACAAAUGGCAUUAAGGACAAGAAGGGUGUGCCUAUAAAGACAAAGUCAUUAGAACCUUUAGAUGCCCUAACGGAGCAGCUUCGGAAGCUGGUAUCCUUUGACCAAGAAGACAGCUGUCAAGCGCUGUAUUCAAAACAGGAUGUCAAUCAGUUUCCUAGGGCAUUGGUCAGAAAAUUGUCAUCUAGAAGUCAGAGCAGAGUGCGCAACAUUGCUAGUCGUGCUAAGGAGAAGCAGGAAGCAAGCAAGCAAAAAGUUGCAACCCACAGCAUGGGGGGAGGAGUGGUCCUUAGAAGCAAGCCCUCAGCACCUGCCCCUACUGUGAAUCGUCACUCCACAGGCUCAUACAUUGCAGGCUACCUGAGGAACAUGAAGGUGGGCAGCCUGGAGGGCCGUGGCAUCCCAGAGGGGGCAUGCACGGCCCUUCGCUAUGGCUACAUGGACCAGUUUUGUUCAGACAAUUCGGUUUUGCAGACUGAGCCAAGCGGUGAUGAUAAACCAGAAAUUUACUUUCUUUUGCGGCUGUGACUUAUGUAAAGCUGCAUUUUUGAUGUUUACAAGGUAUUCUAUAGAAUGCUAGAAUUUUCUGUUUCAGUAAAUAUAACCCUUGGCUUUG